AUGUCCAGGGUGCCAGGAAUUCCUCCAAAGAGGGCGCUGCCGUCCAAGGAAGGGCGUCUCUUCAAGGAGGUCCUCACCCUCUACGAGACCAGGCAGCUCACCAAGGGCCUCAAGACCGCUGAUCAGAUCCUCAAGAAAUUUCCCGAACAUGGAGGUAGCGUGUUGGUCCUCGAUGAGCUACGUUCUGUACUGACGGUGUACUAG